GGUGUUUGUCGCUGAGAAGUGAAUGAGGGCGCCGCUCUGUCACCUGACGCGCGCGUGUAAUUCAUCAGCUGCACACCUGGGAGAGCAGAGCGCAUUCAACUCGCACUCCUCACUCGCAAAGUUGUCCGCUCCAGUUUCCCCGUCUCUGUCGUUGGCUAACGCGGACUUCAGUCCUCGGGUUUUAAGUAACAAAUGGCACAUCUUUAGGAAAUUUCGCCUGUGAGAUGAGUCCAGCUACUUAGUCAUUAACUGAAAAAAGAGAGAAAGAAAUCGCAAGAGGAUCCAACUCCGCGCUCGCUCAUCGUUCUGCUCUGCCGGCUCGAGCUUGCGCUUGCGCUCCUUUUAUUCCCAUCUGGCGCUUUCGAGUGGAGGAACCUCGGGCUCCGAGAUAACGGAUCGAGAUAAGAGAGCGAGCUCGCCGCAGGUGAUUGAUGACUGGCUCUGCUCGCCUGAACUUCCAGAGAUGGCCACCGUGUAAACCACACCACGAAGUAUGAACCAUGAAGUCACCCAGCUGCUCCUCUAGCCAUCUGGACUUGUUUCCCGAUAGUGACUCCAUCUUGUCCCUAGAAUCAAGCGUCUUCUGCAGUGAGACACAUCUGAACGAGAACCCGUUGGACGUCUUCAUCAUAAACGUAGGCGGUAGCAGAUAUGUGCUUUCUUACGAGGUUCUCUCAUCCUUCCCAGAAACUCGGUUAGGUAAACUGGCACUUUCAGCACGAGAUACUAUGCUAGAACUUUGUGACGACGCAAACUUUCUGGACAAUGAAUUUUUUUUCGACAGAAAUUCACAAGCUUUCAAAUAUGUCAUAAAUUAUUACAAAACGGGGCGUUUACAUGUCAUGGAGGACCUCUGUGCGGUGUCCUUCCUGCAGGAAAUUGAGUACUGGGGCAUCGAUGAGCUGAACAUCGAUUCCUGUUGUAGAGAAAAAUAUUACAGAAGAAAGGAAUUAAGUGAAACCCUUGAUAUCCGGAAAGAGUCUGAAACAAUCGAGAAUGAAGAAGAUGACUUUUCUGGAGUCGUUUGUGAAGCACUGAGGCAAAAGCUUUGGGAUGUUUUGGAGAAACCAGACUCCUCCAUGGCAGCAAAAACGUUUGGAACGCUCUCCGUGGUUUUUGUCAUUAUUUCCAUUGCAAACAUGGCUCUGAUUUCGUUGGAUUUUAGUACGCUUGAACCCCCCUUUCUGGAUGUUCUGGAGUAUAUUUGCAUAUCUUGGUUCACAGGAGAGUUUGUUCUUCGAUUUGUGUGUGUGAAGGACAAGUGCAAAUUCAGCAAGAGCGUAGUGAACAUUAUAGAUCUGAUUGCAAUUUUACCUUUUUAUAUUACGUUAUUAGUUGAGAAUCUUCACGGAAGCUCCACUGAACUGGAAAACGUUGGGAGGGUUGUUCAGAUCUUAAGAUUGAUGAGGUCGCUGAGAAUGCUGAAGCUUGGAAGACACUCGACAGGUCUUAAGUCACUGGGGAUGACAAUCGCUCAGUGUUAUGAAGAAGUUGGUCUGCUUCUGCUUUUUCUCUCAGUGGGAAUAUCCAUCUUCUCCUCUUUGGAAUAUGCUGUAGAGCACAAUAUCCCCGACACAACUUUUACAAGCGUUCCCUGUGCAUGGUGGUGGGCUACCACGUCUAUGACCACGGUGGGAUAUGGCGACAUACGGCCUGAUACCACAUUGGGCAAGAUUGUUGCUUUUCUGUGCAUUCUGUCAGGAAUUCUUAUCUUGGCUCUGCCAAUAGCCAUCAUCAACGAUCGAUUUUCUGCCUGCUAUUUUACACUGAAAGUAAAGGAGGCAGCACUGAGACACCGGGAGGCCCUGAAGAAACUGGCGAAAAACUCCUUUUCUGACGCCGCCGUGAAUGUGAAUUUAAGAGACAUUUACGCACACAGCAUCAUGGAAAUGUUACGACUGAAGAGCAGAGAGAGGGCAAGCACCAGAAGUAGUGGCGGUGAUGACUUGUGGUGGUAGAAUUCGCUGGAUACAUCUGAGGCAAAUACUUUGUGUUAGGCAUCAGGAAAAGAAUUUUGGGAUUUCAGCAAUUAAAACUUCAGGAGAUUUGGGACUCAUAGCGAUGAUGAUUGUAAUAAUGUACGUAUAAAAUGUUUUCUUCUCCGCUCUCUCUCUCUAAUGUUGCAGUGAUUGUUGAUGAGCUUUAGGAGCUGAACGCUGGUAUUCAUGUUGCAUUUCUCAUCCCGGGACAUGAGACGGACUUUGAUUGUCGAAAACUCAGCGCCUGCUUUUUAAAUUGGAGGAAACUUUUUAUUCGAGUAUUAGCCAAUGAUUGUCCCGAAGCAAACAGCAGUCCAUUACGAUGCGGCAGGGCAGUGGUCUAUGUUCCCAGUCCUGAGGGAUGCCUCUACCCUCAGGUUUUCAUCCCAACCAGUUUUCCAUCAGAUUGAGCUCAUUGUUUAAUUUGCUUGACUUUCUUUCCUUCUCUUAUUCAGCAUUUAGAAAAGAGCAGUCGUGUGAGACAUUCCAGGUCCAAGGUUUUUAAUUAGGCUCGGUUUAUAUAAGAAAACAUGACAUUUGCAAUCUCAGUUGAAUCCAAUAACAGACAGCAAUGAAAUAAAACAAACACAAAGAGAUAAGACAGGUUCAAAUUAACGCAAGAAAUUGCAAAAAAUCAUAUGAAAAGUGGAUUUUUUGUUAAAACUAUUUCUAGUACAUUUCACGUAAAACGGGCACAUGAUACGUAAGAAAACACCAUAUGCUUCUGGAAUUUAUGUAUGAUUAUCUCUGAUAUUCCUUAUUAAAAAGAAAUGUGACACUGGGGAGAAAGGAAUUCCUGGAGGGAUUUGUUUUCAGAGUUUUCAGAGCGACUAACCUCCCUGAUUUACUAAAGUUAAAUUCAGCGUGUAGGGGAUGUGUGUCAUCAGUAGAGAUGAUCGUCGCCCGCUGACACACACUUACCAAAUCGUCGACGUCAGCCCCAAUAACUUUAGCAGCAUGUUUGGUAGUCUCCUGGAGCUUUGGGAAAUUCUGGAUUGUCAGACCACAAAACCAAGCAAUGAAGCCGAAAGUGAUGACAGAUUGGAUCACACUGCCAGGCGUCUGUCCACUUUAACUCUUUCAGGGCUGAUGUCGACUUUUGUCAAAAGGAGGACUUGACGAUGGUAAUCAACUGUAAAGUGUGACAAGUACCAACCGUUAUGUUUUAGUUGGACUCUCGUUGCUAGAAGGAAAGUUAGCUUCAUUCGUUUGACCGAGAUUUCCUGGGCUCGUGUGAGUAGCAUGGCGCAAACAACGGCAAAAAUGGCACUGACAUAAUGGCGAGAGAUCAAAGCGAAUGCGUAAAGCAAAAUACUCCAUGGACAAAGUUUUGCCCGUUAUCUCUGAACUGGACUACGACUUACCGGACUCAGAUUUUGACAUAAGUGAUCGAAAACGAAUGUGAGGUUCCAGCUUCAGCUGACUGGUCCCCAGCUAAUUGUGGUGCUGCCACGCCUACGGCAUCGCUUAAUAAUGAUAAGAGAUAGAAACCAGAUUGCAAUGCACUGCGACAGUGACCGCUACUGCUGCCCCAGCCUCGUUAAGACAGCCUGGCAGCAAGCUUGCCACCCAUUCUUUUCAAACUGGCAGCUGCAGCAUGCAGCAACAGACGUUUUAUGUUGAUUUCUGUGUGAAACCAUUGCUUUUCAGAAAAAACAUUCAGCCCUGAAAGAGUUAAAAAGUCCGAGUUUACGGAGGGGACAUGAGUGCUGAUUGCAUGUUUUUUUUUUCAAUUUGUAUUCCAAGGAAGAUUGUCAUCUCGGUUAGUCUCUAAGUAUUUCUCUUCAUUCACUAUUUCUACCUCCUCCACCAGGAUGAUGAUGGGCGAACAUGCAGAUUUCUGUCUCUUAACGUUAAAUCUCAUUUCUUUGGUCUUUUUGCAUUUACAUACACACACAUAAUUGAGUUAAAUUCAAUGACCCGGAUAAGGCAGAAAACUGAUUUCUUAAUAAUCCGCGUUUACAUCUUCUGGAGUUCUCCUUUGGCAAAAUGCUCGGAUGUCAUUAAAAUUUGCAAAACAGAGUUAAACAUCAUCGUCGAGCACUUUGGUUCCCGAAAAUAAGUAUGUUACCUGUGAUGAAUAUCUUGUGUUUUACAAAUAUGUUUAGUCAAACUGUCACUUUAUUUGUAGGUUUCUGUUACCAGGACACACAUGUGGCAAACCGUUUUCUGCUUGGCUAUACAAUCGAGCCCUGCAAAUCUUGCAUUACAACCAAUGCUGUUGGAAUAAUAACAGUACAGGUAAUUUUACUUCACUAGAUAGGAUAAGUGUUGCGUUACAUUACUUGUUACAUUAAGAAAUAAAAGGAUUAUGUAAUGUGCGUUACUUUUAAAGUGUUAACUUACCGCUCUCAAGCUUGUGCUACUGAGCUUAGAACUGUUCGUUCGGCUCAUCAACACAAAUUUACUGAUUUCUAUUUCAACCAGGAGAAGGAAUAAUGUGACCGCCUGAGCAUUUGACCCUGGAAAUUUAUUUUGUGGACGCCUCUAUCUGCGCUGCUGAAAAUGUUUGUGAAGCAAAUACAUGUGACAGGCUGACAGAAUGCAGUAGACUACAAAAUUCUUAACAGCAAUCCAGUUAAGGGUUUAAGUGCCCACACAUUUAGAUUAUUCUUGAAGAAAUCUAUCUCUGUUAAUCAGGCUUCUCAGAAGCCAAUAACCUGAUUUCUCUAACCGGAGUAAGAGUUUACAUGGCAUUUUAGAAAUCAGGUUUCUGUCAAUAAGAGGGUUACUGAAGCACAUAUAAACGUGCUAAUUCAGAUUAAGAUCGUUUUUAUUGCACCAGUUUACCAAACAGUCCAGUUGAUUUAAUUAAUGGUGUACAUCCUCUGAAGAUAAGUGUCCUAUCAGCAUACUUGAUAAUAGGGCAGUGUGGUGAUUGUUCUUUCCCAGGUCACUUGUGCACAGGGUCAGUUAUAAUGGUGUCAAGAAACAUCCCUGGGGACUGCCUGAGUUUGAAGGAAUGACUUUUGAAAAAGUACCCUGAACUCGGACUGUUUGUGAACAACUUAACAGAAAGUCCUGAAGCCAUAAAGUCAUAAACGGUUUAACAUUCAUUCUGUUCAAUUUCUCAAUCGGUGUGUGAGGCUGGAUGAUAUUGAAUGCUGAAUAAAAAUCCAGAAAGAGGACCAGGCUUAUCAAGAAAAGUGCACAUUGGACAGACGGUAACCAGCAGAGCAUCUUGCACACUUCUGGUUGUGUUGGGGAUUACCAUACUUUCCAAGCCAAAAAAAUAAAAAGAGAAUAGUGGAGUGCAGGUCCCCCAUGUAGUUUCUCUUCAUAUGACAGCGUGUCAGCGUUUGUAAUUACUCCCAUAAUGUGCACUGUGUGAGGACCAUUCAUCUACGGCAUUGCCAUGGCGGGUUUAUCUUACGUAAGUUAAGAAUAAAACGGUGGAUGUGCACUGAUAAAAAAGUAAACCUGGUUGGAAACAAUGGGCCACAGUGUGAAAACCCUGGACAAAAUAAUAGCUCUGUAAGAUCCACCCGGACACCCAGACAGGUGCCUUAAAAGCAGACAUGCCCUGCAGGUUUGGUAAUUCUGGAUAGCACAGUAGGCAGACCGGUGGUUAUCUUGGAAGGACUUUGUCAUCUGUCAUUAAAACGUUUUUCCCCCAUUGGAAUGGGUGUGAGUGCCACGGAUCUGUAGUCAUUCAGACUGCUUGACUUGGAGAGACCUUAGGAACUGCGGUCAUGACUGCAGGUACAACACCACAAGACAGGGACCAGCUAAAAAAUAAAUGAAAAACCGGAGAGAGCUGCUAAAGGCAGGAGUUUAGGAGCCAACCUGAUACACCAUCUGGUCCCACUGCCCUGUUGAUUCAUAUUCUUAUUCAUAUUCAUGUAGAGAUCAAGAAUGUCAGUUAAAUAAUAAUGAUAAUAAUAAUACUUUGCAUUUAUAUAGCGCUUUUCUCACUACUCAAAGUGCUCAGCAAUUGCUGGUUAAGGGCCUUGCUCAAGAGCCCAGCAGAGUCUCUUUUGGCAUUUACGGGAUUCAAACUGGCAGCCUUCCGAUUGAUUCCGAUUCUGCUCAAUUGGCUACAUGUGGUACCCCGGACAGACUCUCCUGCUGUGACACAGUAAGAUCAGGCUGGAGGACAGCGGCCAUGCUGGAGUCUGAUGGUUUAUGUAGCUACCUCAGCUCCUUUGGUUGGCUGCUGGCUUGGCUGUUGCUCACAGGCAAAUGUCCAGACUCUCAGUUUUGGUCCUCAUCAUCAGGUCUUAGCUUCAAUGGGCUCUCCUUGGUUCCACACAUUCGCUUCCUUAGACUGUUAGCCAGAAUUAUUGAUGCUGAUCUGGAUGACCUGGAAGAAGUAGAAACACAGGAAAUAUCCUGUACAUGAAACAUCUAACAUCAGUAAAUCAGAGAUUUAGUUAAACACACACAAACAAUCAUCCCCGGCGAUUUCCUUCUCCCUGGUGCCGUAUUCCUGCCUAAUGAUUUAUGUUGCUGGUCACAGAGAACCAGGAGUGAAGAGGAAAACUGGGAGUGAGCAAGGACCGUGGCUCUUCUGACAUUGCUCUCUGACUAAAGUGUAUUUUUGAAAAUACGAGUUAACUGAAUAUUGUUUUAAAUAAAAAUAUCAUUUUGAUGUUGC